AUGGAGAACCCAACGAGCAUCGGCCAAUGCAACGAGGGUCGUCCAAUCGGUGAGGGUGACCCAAGCGGGGAGGGUCACCCUAUUGGUGAAGGUCACUCAAUUGGUGAGGGUCACCCAAUCGAUGAGGGUCAGCCAAUCAGUGAGGGUCAGCCAAUCAAUGAGGGUCACCCAAUUGGUGAGGGUCACCCAAUCGAUGAGGGUCAGCCAAUCAGUGAGGGUCAGCCAAUCAAUGAGGGUCACCCAAUUGGUGAGGGUCACCCAAUCGAUGAGGGUCAGCCAAUCAGUGAGGGUCAGCCAAUCAAUGAGGGUCACCCAAUUGGUGAGGGUCACCCAAUCGAUGAGGGUCAGCCAAUCAGUGAGGGUCAGCCAAUCAAUGAGGGUCACCCAAUUGGUGAGGGUCACCCAAUCGAUGAGGGUCAGCCAAUCAGUGAGGGUCAGCCAAUCAAUGAGGGUCACCCAAUUG